AUGUCAGUGUUGAAAAAUUCUAUUAUUUACUUCCUACUCAUCUCAAUGGCUGUGAAUGGUAAGCAUAAAAAAGGCAAGCCGAAAAAGUUUUUAACACCGACCGCUAAAGGCAUUCAAUGUUACAAUUGCCUGUCUUUCGACCAUCCCGGUUGCUGGGAUCCUGAUCACCCCGAUUAUGCUAAUAUUACGGUGCCAAACAUCGACUGUUAUAUCCCCGGCAUGGCGUUUCUAUGCAUCGUAAUCACUUCAGAAUCGGCAAAAUUAGUUGAAACCGGCCAAGAAAUCGGUCCAGUGAGAGCCCGGACGUGUGUACCAGCGAAGGAUUUUUCGAAGAAAACCGUUUCAUACUCAAUGUGUAGCAAGCUUAGCAAGGAACUGUCUGCGUCCGAAAUAUUCUCCCGAAUCGCCGUAACGAGACCACAAUGCGCGCUUUGCAAGAAACAUUUGUGCACGGAAGCAUCUCAUUGUUAA